GGGAGGUCUGUAAGUAAAGGAACAGGCUGACUGGAAAGUUUACAAAGAGUGAAUUGGGGACUGGGCGGACUGAUGGGAGAAAGAGCUGCUCACUUGCUGCUUCCUAUAAUAAUACAGAGUCGCAAAGACAGUCCGGAGUGAACUCUGACAGGGACGACAUGUCUGGGACUCGCGGGCCGAGUCUUCUCUCUGGAUUCCAGGGCACCACAGCCGGAAACAAUGGACUUUACAAUAUGAUUAGGACCACGCCGACCUGGAGAUCCCCCGUGAACCUCACCAACAGCAGUAUCCCUGGCCCUGAGGUCAAGAGUGGGCUGGUUCCAGGCCUGAUUGCAGCCACCAUCUUCAUUAUGUUCCUGCUGUGCCUGUAUACAAUCCUGUGGAGGUGCAUGGUGUCACAAGCAAACAGGCACAACAAACGGCACAGGAAGAAACCCCCUCCCACCAGCCAGGAACCUCACAAGCCUCUAUUUGCUGUGUGACUUAUCAUUCUGUGAAUGGAUAAUGGGAUUGUUGGAUCCUGGACUUUCAUGCUACUGAGGAACCUUUUCACCAGCACAAACCUCAUCAGAACAGCACUGCUGGAUUCCACGGCAAUACUAUUGCACACUUUCACAUUCACGGAUUUCCCUCACAGAGGAUUUAAACUUUUAUUUUUUAUUUUUUUCGUCGGGAAGCCGAAAACCAUAUUUAUUUGGUUGGUGGUAUGGGCAGUUUCUAGAAAGACUGCAGAUCAUUGCACCUUUUUGCCUGAGACUCAUUUUGUGUUUCUAUAAAUAAAGACUUGGUUGAUAAGC